CUGUGAUAUAUCACGAACGUUUCAAUAUGUCAAGAGAUUCGAAGAAAGCCGAAAUCGUAGGCUUUCGGCCUUUGAGUCGCUCCAUUUCCCUCUACGAGCCUCGAGAGCCCGCAAAAGGCCAGCUGAUCAUUCUCGCGACGUGGCUCGGCGGCACAGCAAAACACAUCGCGAAAUAUACGACUCUCUACAAAACACUUGCUCCAAGCGCAAAGAUACUGUUAAUACAGGGACCUAUCGAUAGUUUUCUCGCGCCUUACCCCAUUCAAAGGAGAAAUAUCCGACCUGCAAUAGAUCCCAUCGCUCAAGUUGUGAAGGAAUGCGGACAUAGCGUCAACACUCUCGACACACGUCACGAUGCUACGCACUCCUUGACUAGUCCACACAUACUGCUACACAUCUUCUCAAACGGCGGUGCAAACAACAUCCUUCAGCUUCUGCAAGUAUGGAAGUCAGAGAUAGGUAGCCCCCUCCCGCUUUCCGGUCUGGUCAUCGAUUCAGCCCUUGCAGUCGGCGGAUACAAACAGAAUUAUCGCGGCUUCCAGCAAAGCAUACCAAAUGGUCUGAUACUCAGACUUCUCGGCCCUGUAGCCGCCAGCUAUGCCUUGCUGGUCUUGGAAACAUCUAUAGCGCUGGGCAGGUACCCAAGACCGGAAACUGCGAUGCGUCAAUGUAUCUUCGAUGAAACACUCGUACAGGUCGGCGAACCUGAAAACUUCUUGUACGAUGUGAAUAGAAAUGAUGGUACAAAAUCAGCCAAAACCAAGCGCAUCUGCUAUUUCGCUAGCAAAGCAGAUCAAAACACGCCUUUUCAGGAUAUUAUUAGUCAUUCCAAAGAGGCAAAGGAGAGGGGCUGGGAUGUGGAUCUGCACCUGUGGGACGAUACUCCGCACUGCAACCAUUUGGGGAAACAUGAGAAAGACUAUAUGGAGGCUGUGAAGAACAUGUGGAUGCCCAAGAAACCAGAAGCAGAAAUCAGAUCUCCCCAUGACGGCGAGAGGUUGUCCGACUCGAAAGUGGGAAGUGGCACAGUGCAUCUUACAUUGUGUACAGCCGGCCGGACAUUACCGGCAUACGCUUCGGACUCCGAGGAGCCUAGCCGUCAAAUGGGUGUCAAAGGUUUUGCAUAUGCCUUCGCGUCCGUGAUCUUGUUUCUCGUUGCUUUCCGAUUAUGGAAAUUCACGAUACGACCACUCUUACAUCCAGACGAGCCAAGUGAGCUACCAUACUGGAUUCCAUACUUUGGCCAUGCUUUCGCAUACGUGAGGAGUGGGCAUGAUGUGAUCAUGCAAGCGAAAGAAUAUCUCAACAACACACGCGAACCCUUCGCACUUCAACUCAAAGAUCGCAAAAUAUAUUUCAUCCUGCAUCCAGAUGACAGCACUGCAGUAUAUCGAAACACAACUACCAUGUCGUUUAUCAAGAUUGUCGAACAGCUGCAACGAACAUUUCGCAUAUCUGAAACAACAAUGCGGACAGCUUGGCAACUGCCUAAAUCGAAAGAGGAAGAUAGGAUGCAGACAAUCGCUGGCGUGUCCAAUCCGGGUUUGAAGAGUUUGGGCGAUUUGAGUAUGGAUUUCUGGAAAGCUCAAGUUGCGGGAAAAGAAUACAGAACCGUUGAAUCUAAAUUCUCACGCUUGAUUGCAGAUGAGUUAGCCAAGGAAGUCGCACGCACGGAUAUGAGAGAUGGGGUAUUCAGGUUACUUCCACUCAUGCAAAGGGUUUUCCUGAGCGCAGGCAUACGCACCUUCUUUGGUGAGAAACUCCUCGAGGUGGACCCUGAUUUUGUAACCAAGUUCAUCGUGUUUGAUGAUGAAAGUUGGAAGUUAUGGUUCAAGUGGUCAUUCUCAAAAAAGAUGUUUGCAAACAAGCGGAGAGUGGAGGAGUCACUGGAGAGAUGGCUGGAGUUGCCUCGAGGGGAGAGAGGGGAGCUGGCGUAUUUGGUAGAUAUGGUAGAGAAGACGCAGCUGGCGAUAGGAACCCCGAUCGAUGACUUAGCGAAGAUUAUGAACUUGUUGAUCUUUAUUAUCAACACGAACACAUACAAAGCCGCAUAUUGGGCUACAGCCCAUCUUCUCACGAGCUCUUCCAUUCGAGAUGAUAUCCAAACCGAGGUCUCGCGAGCACGGCAGCUCCUCAACUCGCACCAGCUUACUGAAUCUUAUCUUAACAACCUUCGUAGCGAAACGCCUCAUAUCACGGCCAUAUUUCACGAGUCUCUUCGCUACUACAGCGCCUCAUCUUCAAUCCGACUUACUCUCGCCCCAGUAGCGAUCGGAAAGCGCGUCAUUCCUACCAAGUCUGUCGUCUUCAUUCCUUUCCGUCCCUUGCACUACGACGCAGAAGUAUUUGGGUCCGAUGUCAAUUCGUUCAAUCCGGAUCGGUUUUUCAAUGAUAAAAAGCUAUCAAGCUCGCAGAACUUCAAACCUUUCAGCGGUGGUAGUAGUUACUGCCCAGGGCGGGUACUUGCAAGGAUGGAGUUUGCGGUCUUUGUUGGGGAGCUGCUUGGCGCAUACAAUGUAGAGGUUCUAGGCGAGGGCAAGGUACCAACAACGGAUGAGAAAACGCCAACGAAAGGAAUUCUGAUGCCGAUAGAAAGAGAAGAUAUAAGCGUGAAGGUCUCCUGCAGAAAGCAGUAA